AUGAACACACUCAGGCUGCAGAACAUCAGGGGCCAGAUCCUACUGCACUGUAAGAACACAGCAAUGGCAAAUGCUUCCAGUCCACUGACCACCCAUGUGCUGAAUAUUGCCACUGGAAUCCCCGUGGCAGAUAUGGCUCUCAGUCUGUACGGACAGGACGCCUCAACCAAAGUCUGGAAUUUGAUCACUACUGGCGUGACCGACCGUCAUGGCCGUUGCCCAGGACUCAUCACUAAAGAAAUGUUUCAGCCUGGUAUGUACAAGAUCCGCUUUGAAACGGAGCUGUACUGGGAGAGUUUGGGGGAGACCAGCUUUUAUCCCUAUGUUGAGAUUGUGUUUGCCGUGGAUGAUGCAGAACAACAGUACCAUGUUCAUCUUCUUCUGAGUAGAUUCUCAUACAGCACAUACAGAGAACGUUAGACAUCGUGACCAUUCACAUCCUUCUGUUAAAGAGCAUCAUCAGACCUCUGUCAAGGAAGAUGUUUUCUCUGAAGUCCAUGCUUUUGCAUUUCAUGUUGCUAACCCCAGUAUUUUGAGCAUCGUUAACACUGCAGUUUUAUUGGAUUAGCUAACACUAAAUAUUUACCGGCGUGCGUUUGUGUCUGUGUCAUUUUCUAAAUCCAAAAUUUUAUCUCUG